AUGGCGAGAGGGGAUAAAUCUAUUCAAGAAAUGGAGGAAGCGUUUGCAUUGGUCAAUAUUGAUGAGGAACAUGGGGGAAUCAAUUAUGGGGGAACAACCGAUGAUCUGAGUGACAUAAACACUAGGUGGUGCCUGGUAGGGAGGUUUCUCACUGACUCUCCUAUAGAUUUUCAAGCGAUGCAGCACAAAAUGGCAUCAUUAUGGAGGCCAGGAAGGGGUUUAUAUGUGAAGCAACUUGAAGGCAACAGAUUCUUAUUCCAGUUUUACCAUGAGAUUGACAUUAAGCGGGUAAUGGAGGGUAGCCCAUGGAUGUUUGGUAGAUUUCAUUUGAUCAUGGAGAGGUUGAAGGAAGGUGACAAUCCUAGGACAAUGGCUAUCAACAAUCUAGACAUCUGGGUCCAGUUACAUGAUAUGAGUGCUGGUUUCAUGUCAUUACGUGUUGCCACGGAUGUAGGUAAUUACAUACGGAAGUUCAUUGAAAGUGACUCAAACAAUUUCACUGGGGUAUGGAGGGACUAUUUACGAAUUAGAGUUACACUGCCAUUGGAUGUGCCAAUUAAAAGACGCAUGAAGCUUAAGAAGACGGAGGAAAAUUGGUGCUGGGUUAACUUUAAGCACGAGGCGAUUCCCACAUUCUGUUUUAUCUGUGGUAUGGUCGGGCAUGGUGACAAGUUCUGUGAGAGAUUAUUCGAUAAUCCAGGGGGAAAUGUACAAAAAGCAUAUGGCUCAUGGCUGCGUGCCGAACCAAGGAGGAAAACACAUACAGUGGGAUCAAGGUGGUUGAGAAACCCAAAUUCCGUUCAGGCAACUAAUUCCGGUGAGAAGUUUGGAGUAACCGCUGGAAAGAUGAACUCCGUAAUUGGUGGGACAAUGCAACAAACCAGCGUGAAUAACGGGAUUGGAUUAGAUGGAGGUGCAUUUCAAAAAGCUGAUAACGCGGGAGGAGGUAAAGGAGAUAUGGUGGGAGUCAAUAAAGGAGGAAUUAUAGAAGAUAAUGCACAACGUACUGAUCUUAACGAGGGUAAUGAGCAUAAUUUGAAAAAUCAAGGAGAUGGGCAAAAAACUGGGUUGGACUCUUCAGAAUUAUUUAUAGUGGACCCUAAAUGGCGUAGAUUGGGCCUGGACCAAACUGUAGAGGAUAAAUAG